GCCCCCGGGCCACAGAAACGGGGCGUGGGCCAGAGCCUGAGGCAUCCCUGGCCACCACGAUCGCUCCGCCUGUGGCUACCAAUUCCCCUCCUCUCCUGGCGUCCCUCUCUCCGCCCCUGUCGCCUGCCAGCACCGGACACGCUGCUGCACUUCAUCUCUUGGGGCGCUCUUCGCUUUGACCAACCGUCGCAUCCUGUGCAACUCUGGUCAGUGGCGGUUUUGUGUUGAAUGUUCCCCACCAAGAGUGCAUGGCUGCGGAAGCGAGGUGCAGACCGAGGCCCCGAGGGGUCGCCCUCCUGGAAGCGGUGAUACUGUUGUACUUCGGGGUGCCAACCGGGCACUCCUACAACCUGGACCCGGAGAGUGCGCUGCUGUACCAGGGCCCCUCCGGCACGCUGUUUGGUUACUCGGUGGUGCUGCACAGCCACGGGACGAAGCGCUGGCUCAUCGUGGGGGCUCCCACUGCCAGCUGGCCCUCCAAUGCCUCAGUGGUCAAUCCUGGGGCGAUUUACAGAUGCAGAAUCGGAAAGAAUCCAAACCAGACCUGCGAACAGCUCCAGCUGGGUAGCCCCAGUGGAGAACCCUGUGGGAGGACAUGCUUGGAAGAGAGAGACAACCAGUGGCUGGGGGUAUCGCUUUCCAGACAGCCGGGAGAAAAUGGAUCUAUUGUGACUUGUGGGCACAGGUGGAAAAAUAUUUUUUACAUGAAGAAUGAUAAUAAACUCCCCAGUGGUGUUUGCUACAGCAUGCCUUCUGAUUUGCGGACAGAACUAAGUAAAAGGAUGGUCCCCUGUUACCAAGAUUAUGUGAGAAAAUUUGGAGAAAAUUUUGCAUCGUGUCAAGCUGGAAUAUCUAGUUUUUAUACACAGGAUUUAAUUGUGAUGGGGGCCCCGGGAUCAUCAUACUGGACUGGCUCCGUCUUUGUCUACAAUAUAACUACAAACAAAUACAAAGCAUUUGUAGACAGACAGAAUCAAGUAAAAUUUGGAAGCUACUUAGGCUACUCAGUUGGAGCUGGUCAUUUUCAAAGUCCACAAACUACCGAAGUCGUGGGAGGAGCCCCUCAACACGAACAGAUAGGAAAAGCAUAUAUAUUCAGCAUCAAUGAAAGAGAACUGAACAUCGUACAUGAAAUGAAAGGUAAAAAGCUCGGCUCGUACUUUGGAGCUUCUGUCUGUGCGGUGGACCUCAACGCAGAUGGUUUCUCAGACCUCCUUGUUGGAGCUCCCAUGCAGAGCACCAUCAGGGAGGAAGGAAGAGUAUUUGUAUACAUCAACUCUGGCGUGGGAGCUGUGAUGGUUGAAAUGGAAAGAGUGCUCGUUGGAAGUGACAAAUAUGCUGCAAGAUUUGGGGAAUCUAUAGCAAAUCUUGGCGACAUUGACAAUGAUGGCUUUGAAGAUAUUGCUAUUGGCGCGCCACAAGAAGAUGACUCGCGGGGUGCCGUCUACAUUUAUAAUGGCCGAGUAGAUGGAAUCUCCCCCAGCUACUCACAGAGAAUCGAAGGACGUCAAAUCAGCAAAUCACUAAGGAUGUUUGGACAAUCUAUCUCAGGACAAAUUGAUGCAGACAACAAUGGAUAUGUUGAUGUAGCAGUUGGUGCAUUUCAGUCUGAUUCUGCAGUGUUGCUAAGGACAAGGCCUGUAGUGAUUGUUGAAGCAUCUUUAAGUCAUCCUGAGUCAGUAAAUAGGACAAAAUUUGACUGUACUGAAAAUGGACUUCCAUCUGUGUGCAUGGAUCUUACACUGUGUUUCUCGUAUAAAGGCAAAGAGGUCCCAGACUACAUCGUUUUGUUUUACAAUGUGAGCUUGGACGUGCACCGGAAGGCAGAGUCUCCGUCAAGAUUUUAUUUCUUCUCUAAUGGGACUUCUGACAUGAUUACAGGAAGCAUACGCGUUUCAAGCAGUGGAGAGAAAUGUAGGACACACCAGGCAUUCAUGCGGAAAGAUGUGCGAGACAUCCUCACACCCAUUCAUGUGGAGGCCACAUACCACCUUGGGAAUCAUGUGAUCAUCAAACGAAACGCAAAGGAAUUCCCACCACUCCAGCCGAUUCUUCAGCAGAAGAAAGAAAGAGACAUUAUUAGAAAAACAAUAAACUUUGCAAGAUUUUGUGCCUAUGAAAAUUGUUCUGCUGAUCUGCAAGUCUCUGCAAAAGUUGGAUUUUUGAAGCCAUAUGAAAAUAAAACCUAUCUUGCUGUUGGGAGCAUGAAGACCAUAAUGCUAAAUGUGUCCUUGUUCAAUGCUGGAGACGAUGCUUAUGAAACCACUCUGAAUGUGCAACUCCCCACAGGCCUUUAUUUCAUUAAGAUCUUAGACCUGGAAGAGAAGCAAAUAAACUGUGAAGUAACAGAGAGUUCAGGCAUAGUGAAACUUGCCUGCAGCCUUGGUUACAUAUAUGUGGAUCGUCUCUCAAGGAUAGAUAUUAGCUUUCUCCUGGACGUGAGCUCACUCAGCAGGGCACAUGAGGACCUUAGCAUCAGCGUGCAUGCCUCCUGUGCAAAUGAGGGUGAAUUGGACCAAGUGAAGGACAACAGAGUAACCUUAGUGAUACCUCUAAGGUAUGAGGUUAUGCUGGCUGUUCAUGGGCUUGUGAACCCAACUUCAUUUGUGUAUGGAUCCAGUGAAGAAAACGAGCCAGAAGUGUGCAUGGCAGAGAAGCUGAACCUCACUUUCUAUGUUAUUAAUACUGGCAUUAGCAUGGCUCCAAAUGUUAGCAUGAAAAUAAUGGUACCAAAUUCUUUUCUCCCUCAAAAUGAUAAGUUGUUCAACGUUUUGGAUGUCCAGGCAACUACUGGGCAAUGCCACUUUAAACACUAUGGAAGAGAGUGUGCAUUUGCACAGCAAAAAGGCAUAGCGGGGACCUUGUCUGAUAUUGUCAAAUUCCUAUCAAAGACUGAUAAGAGAGUGCUGUAUUGCAUGCAAGCUGAUCAACACUGUUUAGAUUUCUUAUGCAAUUUCGGGAAAAUGGAAAGUGGGAAGGAAGCCAGCGUUCACAUUCAGCUGGAAGGCAGGCCAUCCAUCUUGGAAAUGGAUGAGACCUCAUCACUCAAGUUUGAAAUAAAAGCAACAGCUUUUCCAGAGCCACAUCCAAAAGUUAUUGAACUAAAUAAGGAUGAGAACGUUGCCCAUGUUUUCUUGGAAGGGCUUCAUCAUCAAAGACCCAAACGGCAUUUCACCAUCGUGAUUAUCAUCAGCAGCUUGCUGCUUGGACUUAUUGUACUUUUAUUAAUUUCAUGUGUUAUGUGGAAGGCUGGAUUCUUUAAAAGACAGUACAAAUCUAUCCUACAAGAAGAAAACAGGAGAGACAGCUGGAGUUAUGUCAACAGCCAAAGCAAUGAUGACUGAAGCCUUCUAAAUUGUGAAAAUUGAAAAAAAAAAGACUCAGUGCAGGGGAAAUCCUCAAGAAUGAAACUACAAAAAGGUGGCCUGUCAGCAGUCAGUGGAUAAGUGGAGGAAAACACUAAAGCCGUGGACAUACCCAAGAGGUGAACUGUUGAAGACAAUUGAAAGCGAGAGUAACUCCAGAUUCAGCAGAACCAACUUAAAAGGAAAGAUCUUUCAAGAUUACCGAUGAGGUGGGCUCACCUCCGUCAAAUUGAUGCCAUGAUAUAAAAACUUUUUGGCUUCAAAUACUUUUGAUUCAUCUUCAGUCUGUGGCAGUGAUCUUUGAAUGAGACUCAUUCAGAUAGCUGUCCCCACAGCCCUUUUCCUCUGCAGAUAGGAACUGUAAAAUCCUGAAGAACAAAAUCCAUUUGCAACAGGAGGGCUUCUGGAGAAAUGGCCAGCUGUGGACUCUCCUGUGUAUGUACAUAUACUUAUUUAAAGGAUAAAAGUCUUAAUUUACUUCUUUCCUUUAUUAAGAACACCCAGGAAUAAUUCGCUUUUUCAAAUUGUCAUCUGUAAUACCAAUUCUUAAGAAUUUUUUCCUCAUAGCAGAUUGUAAAUAUUGCCCCUUAGCUGAUGACACACACUGAUAUAACAUGAACUACUGCUCACUGAUGAUUGAAAUUGUGCAAAGAGAGAUUUAGGAACCAAUAUUUCAUAAAACAUUCACUGCUUCAAAUUAGCAAAUGUGAGUAUAUGCUAGGAUAUUGUUAUUUUUCUUAAUCUGGUUAAAUAUACAUAAACUAGGACUCUAAAGCACCACAUUUUGUUACAGAAGUGGAGAGAAAAAAAUCAUAGUUGGAACUGCAAAUCACUGAUCAAGGUUGUGUGCUGCAACAUCAAAAUUCCCAUGAGAUAAUGAAUGCUUGAUAUUGUUACACAAGAUUCUAUUUUAAAAUGAAAUAGCUUCUACCUGGGUUUCACAUAAUUUUUCUGUAAUUACAGCCAUUUUUUGUGGUAUUUAUUUCAUAUAUGUAGUUUGAUAAAUAUAAGUUUUCAUUUGAAUCUGCUAUGUGUGAGCCAGGUAUGGCCUGAUUCUGAACAUGUGCUGGGUAAAAGGGGCAGUCUUCAGUGAAAGAUCGCUUUACAGGAAGUGUUUGCUGCCAGCUGGCCCUUCCUCAGAUUUCCUGAUUUGUGAGGGUGGCCUGUUCACAAAGCUGAGGCUGGAGAGCAGGGACUGGUGGAAGCUGUCGAGGGAGGUCUUGAGUGCUGAAAUUUGAGCACAGAGCAUCAGAUCUGGUGUGCAGAAACCAUAUUUAAUUAAAUGGUUAUAUUUUUAAGGGAUAAUUUUUGUGUAAAAGGUAUAUGUUUAUGAUUUUCUCAUAAAAAUUCAAG